UAUAGGACCAACAUGGCGGUGUUUUUGAAAGAUGUAGUACCCUACAGAUGUUUAAGUUAGCUAAAUAAACUUCUGUAGUUCUCGUGUGACAUUUCUCUUUAUCAAUCUCAGCGCUUGAUAAAAAUCUAGCUACCAUCUAUAACGGCGUUGCGUAAAUUUACGUCCAGGAGACAAGCAAGUAUGAAUGAACGAAGAAAGCACUCUGACUUGUCAAGUGUGAGUGGGUCGGAGGACAGUGAAGUAAUCCGAACGACCAGACUUUCUCAAAAUAAAUUGAAAACUAAUAGGCUGAGUAGAAGUCUAAGGCAAACACAGCAAUCACCAUCGUUUGAUUCGUCCUAUAACUGUCAUAAAGAGUUCAAGACUCCUAAACGACACGCAAGGAUCAGACCCUGUGCUUCGCAUAACGCUGAUUCGCCAAGUAAUGACUCAGAUUUGCAACAGGAUAUUAUAUGGGACCCAACCUCACCAACAGCCGUCUGGAAUGGGAAAGGUGUGAAGAAGUCUUCCACCAACGUGCGAGCAGUGGACAUUUCCGAACUUGCAAAUCGGAUAGCUCCCAAGAACGAGAGACCGGUAGUUCCUGAGUCGUCCUUGCUCCAGUGGAUUGGAGACAGUGCUGUUCCCUGUACACCAGAAGUCCAGCUACCCAGAACCAGAAAGAAGUCCACGCGGCACAGUGAUGUGGAAGAUCUCAUGAAGCUGGCCAAGCAGUUUGACUUCAACAUGCACCAGCAGGACAAGGAGCAGGUCAAGGAGGCGUACAAGGGGAGCGUGAAGCAAGAUGCUGACAAUUUAAGAGAACCAGGCGGCCCAGAGAGCAGCCCUCCACCUUCACUGAGUGAAGUUACCGCCACCAGCCGGGGUCCGGCCUCCAAAAUGCUUAACUGUGGCAAACCGCAAACUACGGACCGCAAAGCCCUGCACCAGGAAACGGUGGACGACUUCGACGCUCUGUUCGACCAGCCGACUCAGCACAUCAGCGGUAGGCUGAGUCAGGCUUCGUCCGGCCGCUCGCUGGACGGAAGGGCGUCGUCCGUCCCGCUAUCCUCCAACGCCGCUCUUUCUGGAAACGGGAACCCCGGUAACCCCGGCAACCCGUCCGCUGUCUCGUCGGCUCCCGUCAAGAAGCCGGAAGGGGGUCCGAGAACGCCGGCGCCGAACCGCUUCGUCGACGACGACUGGGACGACGACGACCUGCUCAACGACUCCAUCGUUCUGGAGAUGACUCAAAACCCCGAGCUCUUCGCCACUCCCAAACACUGCUCGACCCAGAUCGGGCCGAGUCCAAAACAGAGGGACUUCGUUCAGAAGCCCGGUGCUGGAAGUGGCGUUCCCGGACCGCUUCCAAACUGCAACGGGGCUAAAGGCUUCGAUGGUCCGCAUCAAGGGAAAAAUCCAAAGUCCAAAAGCAGAAGCACUUUCCAACUGGAGACCAACCCGAAUUUCCUGGUGAAUGAAACCCUUUCCGGAGAGGAACCCAGCAGCUGCCACGGUGUGGAGAGCGGGAAGCCCGGCCAGCCCGGAGGCCUACAGAGCAGGCCGAACGGUGCCUUUCAACCCCACAGAGCCGCGCCCCUGGAGCCCUCUAACCGAAAUAAUUUGAAAAGUCAGGCCGUUCCCGGCGGAGGAAGGGAGAAGAGCACGCAGGUGCCUGUCGUCCAGCCGAGCUCCUCCACCACGAGCGGUUCUGGUGUGGCGAGGCCGGGCCAGGUCGGCGACCGGGUCUCUUCGGCCCACGGGGUCGAGGGCGCCGAAAGCGAACGCGACCGCGGCGGAAGCCCGGCGGAAAACACCGAGCCGGUCGAAGGCGGCUCCGCAGACGCGAUGCACGAGGACCUGGACUCCAUCUUCGCCUCCGACUCGCUGUGGGACGACGGCGACGACUACGACGACGACCUGCUGUGCCAAGUGUGCGAGGACGUGGAGAAGCUCUCGGAGAGUCAGGCUGCCGGCCCGGCCGCCGCCGCCGCCACCGCGUGCCCGGACCGACCGUACGCGGCGUCGAACGGGCCGAAAGUCGCGGCGCCUUCGACGGCCGGCAAUGGGGCGGCGGCCCAGAGCGGCUACGCGGGAACCCGAGGCCCAGCGGCCGGUUUUAGCCGGUCCGUCUCGGUGCCCGGAAGCACCGCCGCGGCGUUCACCGAAACCACGCUGAGCGUCAAACCCGGGUCCCUCGCCGGAAAAAACGACGCCGUCUCCGCCGCUAACCGCGCCAGGCAGAUCUCCGCGUCCUUUCCGCAGGGCGACUCGGCUAGCCGGACGGGCUCGUACAAGUUCGCACAGCCGCAGAAGGCGACGACGAUGACGAUGUCGGCGACGGACGCCGCGGGCUCUGGAGCGACCGCUGCGCCGCGGUACGCCGGAGCCGCCUCGUCCGCCAAAAACCCCGGCGGCCCGCCCCACCCCUCCUUCAAACGGCACCUCUCUGACCCCGUGGCCCUGACCAACAAAGUUUUUGUGCCCAAUCAGGUGACUGUGAAAUGUACGCUGGCGGAGAUCGAGAGGAAGAAGCAGGAAGCGCUGGCUCGGAGACGGCUCCGGAUGCAGAUGUCACAGAAACAGGGGGGUCCCACCUGACGGGGGGGGGGGGGUCCCGCCAAGUCCCGUCGGUCACCCUCGUGUCCCCCCCCCAAAGCUGUUUUUAGGGUGGGCGGAGUCUAAGCACUGCACUGAACGCUGACAGCCAUCCGUCAGUGACCUCGCCAAGGUGCCAAGCGGUUACUGCUUAAAGCCCUUUUAAGCCCCCCCCCCCCUUCAUCUUUGGUUUUAAGCCAGUUUAAUUUAAUUUAAGGAAAUGCUAACGCGUGCAUCUCUGGUCUCUGAAGCUUGACACUAACAAAACAUUUUUUUUUCAAUUUAAAGAUAUAAAUAUUGUAGUUUUAUUUUAGGAGAAAACUAUUUUUUGUGCAUUCCAUGUUUCUUUCCCAUCACUGUACAGUAAAUCGUGAGAUAUUCUGAGUAUUCGCUGUAUAUUAUAAAUGAACAGCUACGUCAGUUUUGUUCGUGCUACCCUUCUGAACUCUGAAGAGAAGAAUCCCAGGGAUUUAAAAUAAUCUCUCACGCUUGUUGCAGAAGCAGAGUGGAAAACCCCUUUGUCAGAAAUACUUUUGUUGUUGUUGCGGUACACCUCAGUGUAGGUGCCGAACGUGCCUUGUGGGUGACACACGUGAACUCGUUAGCAAAGCAGAGUGUUUUUGCGAUAUGUGAAUAUUAAGGGAAAACUGUUGCUACGAUGCCGACUCUGGAGGUUCAUCAUCUCCGCGUGAGGAGUGUGAUGUCGUCUAUUUUUUUUAAAGUGAGAUCAAUAAUGCUAAUGAAUUGUUGAGACGGUAUAAGAUAUGAAGCUAGAAGGACGGAUGCUCUGUUCCUUGUUCACUGAAGUAAGAAAUAAGCUUAUGGCGUCAGAAGUUCUGUCCAGGGUUCCUGAGAACCUUUUUUUUUUUUUUUUUUUUUUUUUUUUUUUUU